AUGCGCGCCGCGAACAGUCCACUGAUUUAGACGUCAUUGGGAAACAUGGCGGUGUGCUUUAUGUUGGGACGAGUUUCCACAAGUUUAACUUUACUUCCCCGAAUUGUGCAUAAAAAUGUUGUCUCUCCUCCGCGACUGCUGGCGAGAACGUGUUUUAAAAGAGACCUGUCACUGACUCAUCGCUUCUCUUCAGCACUAAAGUACACAGACAAACACGAGUGGGUGCGAGUGGAAAACGGCAUAGGUACUGUGGGCAUCAGUAACUUUGCUCAGGAAGCUUUGGGUGAUGUGGUGUAUUGUGGUCUUCCUGAAGUUGGCACAAAAUUCUCUCAAUCGGAUGAGUUCGGUACUCUGGAGAGCGUGAAGGCAGCAAGCGAGCUGUACUCUCCUUUAACAGGGGAGGUGACCGAAGUUAACCAGGAACUUUCUGACAAUCCUGGACUGGUCAAUAAGUCAUGCUACAAAGAUGGCUGGCUGAUAAAAAUGACCGUCUCAGUACCAGAAGAACUGGAUGCUCUAAUGGAUGAAGCAGCGUACGAGAGAUACGUCAAGUCUAUAGAGGAAUAGACAAGCCUCGUGUGCAGGGAUUUAAGAGUUUCCUGUCGUCCUGUGGGAGAAAAUGAAAGACAAUACGGUUGACUGUGAACUGAACACUAAUAACGUGUAGGAGUAAAAAAUAAAAUAUCUGCGGUUUUCAGAUUAACUACAAUAUUCACAUUUAUAAUGUUGACAGAUAACACAAAUGCACAAAUAAAUAAAUAAAAGGUCA